AUGAUCCUCAACGCCACCGACUCCCUCGUCGUCAUGCUCAUGGCGUUCCGUCGCGGCAGCGCUCGCGUUUUCGAUUACUUCGUCUACAGGGCCGGACUCGGGAAGCCGUCGCUCGACCUGAUCCCGGGGCCCUCCUGUCCAGAGAUCGGCCUCCUUCUCAAACAGGAGGUCGGCGUCGUACCCUGUGGUGCCGGCGGCGAGCACUACGCGCUAGCCUUCCUUGUCCUGCAACUCAAACCCCGCGUGGCGUACGACGUCCACGUCUUCUCGUCGGAGACGCGGGCGUGGAGCGUCAAGGCCGCCAAGGUUGCCGCCGACCCGGAGACGACCUGCCGCUACCACGACGUGGUGAUGCAUAGCCCGAGCAAGGCCGUCGCCGCCGGAGGGGGCUCGCUGGCCUGGAUCGAUCUCUGGCGUGGUAUCCUGCAGUGCAAUGUGCUCGACGAGGACCCCGUGCUGCGGCUGAUCCCGUGGCCCGUCCCCUCCCCCCGCGACGAAAUCCUAGGCAUGUGCUCUGCACAUUCGAUCCGGGACGCGACGCUGAGCAACGGCGUGGUCAGGUUCGUCGAUCUGAAGUUCGACGACGACGACGGCGCCAGCGUCUAUCCCUACAGCUCCGGGGAUGCCACGUGCACUGGUUGGACGGCCACGGUAUGGGAGAGGAGCAUCAGCUCGAAGGAUUGGAACAGGCGCUUCAAGGCUGACAUCGCUAGCAUCUUGGCCACGGACUCGAGUCACUCUGAUUCGCUGCGAGAGGUGUGGGACGACGAGGCGAAAAAGCGCGGCUUGAGCAAGGUUUCGAGUGCUCCUCCAACGCUGAGCUUGGGCGACGAGGAAGUUGUUUACUUCAUGGCGAACCUUGUCUCAAACGAAGCGUUGGUGCUUGCUGUUAACGCCAGAGAGGAGAGGCUAGAAGCGGUUGGACAAACCGCGUUGGGACUGGCUUGCUCAACAUGUAACUUCCCCAGGUUCCUUGAUUCUAGCCAGCAUAGCCCAAUAGAGAGGGCAGAUAGUAUAGCACCUGUUCUAUAA